AAGUUCUCCAUCGACAACAGCGUAGCAGCUAACUCCACGUUAUUUUUUUCAUCCGCAAGAGCUACUUGCCGGGGGGAAUAGAACAGUGAAAGUUCAAGUUGUAAAUAGCUUGUUUUCGAAUCAGUGUCAGUAAGUUGUAUAGAUUUUUUCAAAACGUCGGUGAGUCUGUCCCCUCGCUAGUUGUACGCGAAGACUCUUUUAACAGACGCACAACUACUAAGCCGAUCAAUAUUUGAACUGCGACGUCUGAAAUCAUUCGAGUUUCUUCGCGCAUCAUAACUUACUAUCUCCGCUUUGACAAGUAGAGAGAGUAGUUGCAAGGCACCGGCAGGCAGAAAGAAACCCGAUCAAUAAGAAGUCUCUUCCUGGUCGUGUUACAACUGCUCCAUCCGACUACACACCCGAACAUGGUUUUUGGCACUCCGAAGCGUGGCGGUUCAAACCGCAACUCCACGAGCAGCAAUGGAUUAGGGUCAACACCCAGUAACAACCACAGCCACCAGGUGAUGGAGACCAUUGAGGUGUUAGUGAAGCCUAUCGUACGAAAAACGUGUUUCACUGUAAGGAUGUUGCAAGUUUUGCAUCACAGGUUCGUUUGCUCUACAUCACAAAGAAAAUUUCUCAUGCGAGGCUCCUAAGGGAAAAUACAGCUAAAGUAGCCCACUGUCUUGCAUGUGUAGCAAGACAAACACUUUUGCGAUACACAUUUUGCAUUACAAGUUUACAGUGAAACAGUUUUUUCCUGCGAUAAAGCCGGGGAUGAAACUCUACUGGAAGGCGGAACCGAAGAAUUAUCCUGUGCAAAAGUAUCCUACUCGUAUAAACGCAUUACAAAUUUCCUCAGCAUGAGAAACAAAAUUUGUAAUGCGGAUUUGCCUUAGGAAAAAAAAUUUGUAAUGCAUAAUUGCAAUUAUUACGAGUGCGAUCCUUUUGCACAGGAUAAGAACUCGAUUACAACAAUACCCUGGGAAAAAACGUCGACGUCCCCAACCCCAGCUCAUAGCUGUAAAUGCAAAUCUGCAUGCUGAUGCUGAAAGUGAAAACAAAAUCAAAAUUGUUAAUGUUUCUCAUUUGGAGCCGCAUGAGCAGUAUUCUCUAGUCGUGUUUUGGAAUUUGUCAUGCUCCAAUAGGCAUGAUAUGCUAGAUCUGUGAUGCUAGCUGCUGAACAAGCUAAUAAACAGGAUUACACUACAACUAGUAAGAGGCCAAGAAACUUGUCUUGCGCAGCAGCCAAAGCUGGUUGAUUUGUCUAGCAGAUUGCCCAAUUUGGGUAUGGGUUGGGGUCGUUUUUCCUUCUGAUAAACAAAACAGUUGCCAGAAAAUGCGUACCACCACCCGGAUGGAAACUACAACUUUAGGUUGCUGAACUUGGAAAACGAAUAUGAGAGUGCACAACUCCCUCUCCCCCUCAUUUGCAGGGCGUACACAGCAAUACAAGCAACGGCAGCGGUGCGGCCUCCGCAUGACAAAUCUACGCAAGGACUGUAGUGCUGUUUGAGGUUGUUCGAAACUUUGUCAUGCAAACAAUGCUGCAACGCACGAAGUGGAUUUGGUGAUUUGCAUUACAAAUGAGGAGGAGGGGCUGUUGUGCGCGCUCAUAACGAACUGGGUUACAGGUUUGACACGGAUUUGGACAUAUCCUGUGGAAAAAACUAUUCCUGUUCACCCCGUACUUUUACUUGUUACGCAAAAGCAAAUAUAGCAUCUGGUACGACGAGUGUGUCGUGCAGCUCCCCAUGACCACAGUGGCAUGAUAUUCUAAUCGUCGUGUUUCGGGAAUUCUUGUCAUGCUGUAUUCGGCCCAAGAAAAUGAAACAGAUUGCCUCUACGUACAGCUAAGAUUUUUCAGAUUCAUCGCGAUGCGGCCUCUAGAAUUACAGCUAAACACGCAUUAAAUGCCGUGGAUCUUCCAACGUUGUCAUUCAUGGAGCCCAAAAUAAAUGCUUGAAGAUUUGUGCAGUAGUACACACAAGCAUCGAUCUCGACGUUGACUCUGGGGUGGAGGUGGGUACGUAGUUUUUUACACAGGAUAUCACAUCUGCUACCAGCCAUUCGCAAAAGAUUUCGGGCCCUUGAAUCUCGCAGUCAUCUGGCGCUACUGCCGACUGAUGGAACAGGUAUAUUAUUUCUCUUGCGAUGAAUGCAUUGUGCUUCUGUUGUUUGUUUGUGCUCAUGCGUGAAGGUGGGAACGCGUUUACACACCUUUUUCUUCUAGCGCUAUUUCAAGAAAAACCCUCGCUGUUUUGAUUGUGCUUCUCUUUCUACCUCACGUUUGUUGCAAUGGAAGAACGCAUGACAGAUUAUCGCACUCCAUCUUUUUAUGCAUGACAUCAAUAUCAAAAACCCCUUUCAAAAUCAGGUCAUGGACAUGGACACGAAAACGAUUACGCACGAGUGUGACACCAGUGACCUAAUCCGCCUGACCAAUUCAGUUUUUCUGAUCAGUUCCUACUGCAUCGUCAAGGAGGGCGCCAUAUGGAAUGCAAAUAUGUCUGGGUCUGGAAGGUUGCAACUUGUCUUGUGAUGCUGUCUUUGGAAGGUGAAAAAAUUUGUAUUGCAUGACCAGCAAGAGGAGUUCAGUUUGUGCUGCGCGGAGUGGGCGUUUCUCAUGCGGGAUACGCAUCAGCAGGCCUCUUAAAAAUCUGUGAUGCUAGGUCGUGCAUUUAUUUUAGGCAUCAUGGGUUAUCUUAUGCAAAAUAUCUAUGCAUGACAAACCUGGCACUCUUCCAGACCCAGACACUUUUGCAUUUGAUACGCCACCGCGAAGCAGAUGCACGACAAAUUCCGGCACCUGAGCGGCAACUUCGUUCCCUACAGGGACGUAUGGAUUGCAAAAAUGUCUGGGUCUGAAAGAUUGCAACUUGUAAUGCUGUCUUUGGAUUCCAAAAAAAUCUGUAUUGCAUGAUCAGCAACGGGACUCCAGUUUGUGUUACGCGGAAAGGGCAUUUCUCAUGCGGAAUAGGCAUCAGGAAGCCCUCUAAAAAUCUGUGUUGCUAGAUCAUGCAUUAGAGGCAUCAAUCAUCAUACAAAAUAUGCAUGACAAGUCUGCAUUCUUCUAGACCCAGACAUUUUUGCAUUUGAUAAGACGCGUCCAGCUGCGCCUCACUCUGGGACCUGGACAUGCUGUCCGCGUUGGAGGGUUUGGAACUCGGGGUGAAGUUCGGCUGGUUCGAUAUGGCAUUCUCAAACUUUACAUUCUCAACUGUUACAUGAUUUGUCAUGCCAAACUAACACCAACAUCCACACGAUGAAGCUGCUACGCAUCACAAAUUUAUGAAGGGCUAAACAGUAUUGAAAUCUGUGCCGAAUUUGUAAUGCUGCAGGCACAAUCUACGCCCCUUGACUUUUGCCAUAGUUGCAUUACAUACAAAUUCAUGUAACAGUUGAGAAUUUAACGUUUGGGAACGCCAUAUUCGACUUCAAAACAUUUGAUGCGGACGAGUACGAGCACUUUGAGAAGCUAUGCAUUGCAAAAUUAUUUUAUCGUACAGCUAGUGGUCCUUGCAUGAGGAAUGCAAUUUGUAAUGCUGAUUUUCCUCUAGAAUCAUCUCAUGAAAUGCAUCCGCAGUUCAAUUUGUCGUGCAUCAGUGCAACAGCAACCACGAGGACUCGGACUAUGAGUGUACGAUACUACUACUUUUGCAUUGGAUAACACGUGGAGUCCGGCGAUCUGAACUGGAUCUUGUAUCACAAGAAAAAGUGUUAACGUUAACGGAAUUUGUGAUGCAGAAAUGCAUCACAAGACGUGUCAGUGUCAGAAUUUGUCAUGCAUAGCAUGCACAUUGGGCUACAUUUGUGAUGCAUGACUGCAAUCUGUGAAAACCUUUAACGUUAGCACUUUCUCCUGUGAUAUCGUGCCGGGAAAAAUCAUCGCGUUCGCAACGCCGCAGAAUAGGGCAAGGGUACUAAGCUAUGUCAGGAUAGUACAACGCCUAUUUUUCUGAAGAACUUGAACUUUACUCUGUCAUGCGUCAUCUAGUUUCGAAAACUCUCUUUGUCAUGCGCCGUGGACCUACAUCAGUGCCGGUGCGCUUGGAUUUGCGCAAAGGGAAAAAAACACUAUGUCAGGACAUGGACGGCUACACCUGCUGGACCCCGGAAUCCUAUCUCCCCUUGUGGAAAAAGUGGAACGUGGGAUUAGUGGUCAGGUUGAACAAAGUAUCCCACGAAAAAACUGUUUCACUGUGUUGAUUUUGCAAGAACCGCAUCACAAGUUUGCUACACAUAACACAGAAAAUUUGCCAUGCGCGUUUUCCAAGGGAAAACACGCUUGCAAAUCCAAUGUCUUGCAGGUGUAGCAAGACAAAUAGUUCUGUGCUCCAUUUUCUGCAUCACAAGUUCACAGCGAAGCAGUUUUUUCUUGCGAUACAAAGCCACAGUCUACGACCGGGAGAAGUUUAUCAAGAACGGCGUGAAGCACCUGGAUUUGUAUUUCAACGACGGGGGGUUGCCACCAAUCGAGCACAUCCAUCAGUUUUUACACGCGGUCGAGAACGAACCAGGAGCGGUUGCGGUAUAAUUUUUUUUUCUCGAUUUGUAGUCCCGCUCUGCAUGACAAGUGUGCUUUUUGUUGCUGCUGUUGCAUGCCAAACUGUUUCACCGAAAAAAUUCCGUAUCAACAUCAGGUCCACUGCAAAGCGGGCCUUGGAAGGACGGGAACGCUGAUCGGCGCCUACAUGAUGAAGCACUACAAGAUCCCCGCGAAGGUGUUUAUCAGCUGGAACCGAUUAGUCCGGCCGGGAUCCGUGCUCGGACCCCAGCAGCAAUUCCUCUGCGAUAUCGAACAGUCCAUGCACCAGAUGCACUCGGCGCAGGUUCCGAGGAUCGUGGCGCUGCGACCGCAACACGGGGUGGGGCACCCCAUCCGUGUGAUCGACAAUCCGAAUUACGGUAGGGCGGAGGGCAGUAAUGGUGGUUCGGCUGUCAAGUCGAGUUACGGACAGCCGGCGGGGGCAGCAAGUAUCACCAGAAAAAGUGUUAACGUUUACGGUUUUCACAGAUUGCAGCCAUGCAUCACAAAUUUAGCCUAGUACGCAUGCUAUGCAUGACAAAUUUGGGGACGUUUUGUGAUGCAUUGCCGCAUCACAAAUUCGAAUUCCGUAAACGAUAAACAUUGUUUCCUGUGAUAGCAAGUCUCGGAGUGACCGGGAAGAUGAUGAGCGUGGAGCAAUAUCCUGUGCAAAAGUAUCGUACUCGUAUUGCAAUCAUGCAUUACAAAUCUUUUUCUUGAGGUGAAUCUGCAUUACAAAUUUCCUGUCUCAUGCUGAGGAAAUUUGUAAUGCAUUUAUACGAGUACGAUACUUUUGCAGUUCAUAAGCAACAGGUACAACUAAUAAUAUGGAUGUUGAAAGAUUUGGUGGUCUUUGUGUUGCAUGUUUUGCAUUUGCUACGUUGACUGCAGUGCCGAUGCAGCAUGAUGCGCCGCAUGCCGUUCAUCUACCACAAAAACAAGUGGAUGAGAUAACAAGAGAAAAAAAAACACCUUAUCAGGGACAAGGCGACUGGCUGCUGUCGCAGAAGCGUCGCGCGCAGGGCUUCAAAACGACUUACAACACGAAUACCCCCGGUGCGUUUACGUACAAGGAGUAAGGGGAGGGGGGAAAACCCUGGACUGCAAACCGCACUGAAUUUUAGCAACCUGAAGAUAAACCAAACUCAAACAUUUUUUAAUCGUAUCUUUAGCAACUAGCAUCCAGCCACCAGCAGGGUGGAAGAGCACCAGUAGCGGAGGUACCAACUUGAAAGGAGCAACAAAAUUUGAAUUUUAGCAUCAGAAUUCUUCUAAAUGUACUGUAAAAAACAAUUUGCAUGAUGUUGUCUCUAGCUCUGCCUCUGAACAACCAUAAUUCGUUCUGAUGACACGACUACAAGUGGUCUAUGUAUUACAACUUUAUCUGUACAUAAAAAUUCAGCAGAGUUAGAGACAGCAUCAUGAUCAGAAGAAACGGAAACCUAUGGUCUUACUUUUGGCAUCAAUUUUUACAACGUAAAUUUCGACUUUUUUACCUUCUUAUUUUACCUUUAGGCAUUCACGACAAAACUCUUUGAAUUUUAGCAAUCAACAAUGUAACUUCAGCAAAAAACUUUCGUCUAAUUGUUGUUUCUCAUGAACUUUGACUUUUCAAUACUGGAAUUAGAAACACUGUACGAUAAGGAUCCAAACACAAUAAACACUGUAUUUAGAGAUCACCUCUAUUUUAUUUUCACUGAUUUUGCAUCACAUUCAAGUCGAAAUCGGAACAAAUCGGACGAAAUUUUCUUUUUCAUCAGAUAGUGGAGCUGUAUUUAUAAUUCUUUUCAGGCAAUAAUUUCAAAACGACGAGAAAGAGGAGUCAGAACACCUGUACAAUUUUUCGUAGGUCAUGUGCCUACGUAAAAAUUUGUAAUGGCAAAACGAAAUAAACCAGCAUAGCGCUCCGAUUUCGCACCCUCUUUUGAUUUGAUUCUUUGUGAGUCAGAUUGUACAAUUUUAUAAUUGGUAGACCAGCUGCUCGAGUCUGUUGUGCGACAGUUGCUCUCGCAUGACAGAUUCCUGUGGUAGGAUCAAUUCGUCGGAUAAAAACUUUCUUUUUUCAUCCUCCUCCUACUUGGGAACAAACGCAACUACUAGCUAGUGGAAGGGCCGUAUCAGCUUCAGCGGCGCGAGACUAUUUGGCAAAGAUCGAGACCAAGUGGAAGCUUAACUCCUGCUGAUUUCGUCUCACUUGAGUCUCAGUUGCGCAUACCUCCUAGCGGAAACAAAUCAGUGUGGAAACUUGUACUUUAUUUGUUGAGCAACUGUCAUUGUUUUUUCUAGAAUCAGAAAACGGAAACUGUAACAACUCUCUGUCAGAAGCUCCUCCUACUAGAGUUUUUGUGACACUUCUCGUCUGAAGCAAUGCCAUGCAAGUUGUGCUGUGUUCCUCCAGCCGGUAAAGAGAUUAUAUACAAAACAAAGAACAUC